AUGCCGUGCGUACAAGGCGCCCUCUUCCUCCUGGUGCUGCUGCUGCUGCUCCCUGUGCAGCCUGACAUUGGUUUCCCAGGCUUUCCCAGCUGUACUCCAGCCUGCCCCCUGCCGGAGCGAGGGAGGCCAGGCGAGGAGCCUGGGCGGGCCGCCGCCUCCCUCCCCGGCGGCGCGCCGCCCCCUGCCGCCGCGCCGCCCCUCUCCCCGGCUCCUCCUCCCCCUCUCCCCCCCCCCCCGCCCGCCGCUCCCCCUCCCCCCGGCUCCCGGCUCCCCCCCCCCCCGCCGCCCUCCCCCUCGUCCUCCCCUCGCCCGGUCCCCCCCCGCCCCCCGGCUCCCGGCCCCCUCUCGCCCCCUCAGCCGGCUCCCCCGGUCCCCGCCGCCGCCGCUCCCCUUCCCCCCGCCCGCGCCCGCCCCCCAGCCGCAGCUGCCCUCGGGCCCCAGCCGCCGGGCCCCGGCCCCCCGCCGCCCCCCUCCCCGCCCCAGCCUCCCCGGUCCCCAGCCGCUCCCCCGCCUCCCCCCCCGGCACCCCCACCCCCCCCCCAGCCCCCCCCCGGCCCCCCCCCGCGCCCGCCCCCCCCUCCCCCCAGCCGAGCCGGGACCCGGGCCCGCCCCCCGCCGCCCCCCCGCCCCCCUCGCCCUCCCUCCCCCCCCCCCAGCCCCCCCGUCCCCCGGCCGCCCGUCCCCCCACUCCCCCCCCCCCCCCCGCCCCCUCCCCCCGUCCCCGCGUCCCCCCCUGCCGCCCCCCAGCCGCGGGGCCCCGGGGAGCCGCCGCAGCCCUCGCCGCCCCCUCCCCAGCCGCAGCCCCCCCCGCCCAGCCCGCCCCCCGCCUCCCCCGCCCCUCCCCCCCCCCCCCCCCCGCCCCCGCCCCCCCCCCCCCCGCCCCCAGCCCCCCCCGGCCCCGCCGGGCCCCCGGCCCCCGGGGCAGCCAGCUGGGCCGGGGGGCCGCCCGCGGCCGCGGUUCCCGGCCUGCGCUCGCCUCCCGCCCCGGGCCCCUGGCCCCAGCCCCCCCCCCGGCCCCCCCUCCCCGCCCCCCCCCCUCCCCCUGCCAGCCCCGGCCCCCCCCCCCGCCCCGGGCAGAGGCCGGCUGAGAGGCCGGGCAGCCGAGGGGGAGGCUGGGCAGGGCCCUGCCGCCCGGCCCCCCCCAGCCCCCCUCGCCCCCCGCCCCCCCCCCCCCCGGUCCCCCCCGCCCCCCCGCCGCCCAGUCCGCCCCCCCCCCCCCCUCCCCCGCCGCCCAGCCCCCCUCCCCCGGCCCCCCCGCCCGCCUCCCCCCGCCCCCCCCCCCGCCCCCCCCCCCCGCCCCCCCCCCCGCCCCCCCCCCCCGCUCCCGGCCCCCUCCCCCCCCCAGCUCCCCCCCCUCCCCAGCCCUCCCCCCCCCAGCCGCCCCCGCCCGCCCAGCCGCCCCCCCGCGCCCGGCCUCGCCCGCCCCUCCCGCCUCCCCCGCCCCCCCCGCCCCCCCCACCCCCUCCCCCAGGCCCCCCCCAGCCAGCCCCCAGCCGGCCUCCCCGCCCCGUGCGCCGCGGCCGGGCACUGCGGCACCACGGCCCGGAUCCGGACCCGGGACGGCCCCCGGCCCGGCCUCGCGCCGCCCCGCCGGAUGGAUAG